AAUGCUACAUGCUUGUUGACGCCAACACGGCCAAGCUUACGCCGCCAUACUUGAUCAGUUGGAGCUAAGGAUUGUUCCUAAUUUUAUCUAGAAACAUCAUGGAUAUGGCUGACGAAUCUGGAUACAAAAAGGAAGGUCGUGACAGAUCCCGUUCACCAGUUGAUGAUGACAGUCGAGACAUGGAUGGGGAAAAUGAUCGCGGUGGUGAUCGUGGCGAUCGCAAUCGUCGCAUGGACCGUGGAAGGAGAACAGAGCGAUCAAGGGGCGGCUCAAAACGUGGUUCAGCAGAUACUCGCAUUUAUGUAUCGAACAUUCCCUACGAGUAUAAGUGGCAAGACUUGAAAGAUCUUUUUCGCAAAGAAGUUGGUGAGGUGGCAUAUGUGGAAAUGUUCAAUGAUGAGAACAAUCGUCCCAGAGGGUGUGCAGUCAUCGAGUUCGAGUCUGUAGAGCUUGUGUCAAAGGCUGUGGAGAUUAUGCACAGAUAUGAGUUGAAGGGACGCAAGCUAGUUGUAAAAGAGAAAGCAGAUGACUUACCACUUGCCCAUCUUGCGCAGAUUCGGCUCGGAAGCAGAAUGAGCGGACCUUCUCGUCAGGACUUUGAUUCCGAUAGAGAACGCCACACACGUAUCAUGAAAUCUGAUAUGCGAGGAGGACGUGACUUUGCCCGUGGUGCAGAUUUAGGUGGACCUCCUUCUAAUAAGUACGGAAACACUUAUGGUCUUUCAACAGUGUUUUUAGAGUCACUUGGGAUCACUGGGCCACUUGUCAGCAAAGUUUUUGUUGCAAAUCUUGACUACAAAGUUGAUGAUAAAAUGCUGAAGGAUGUGUUUAAGAUUGCUGGCAAGGUAAAUAACGUUGAAAUCAGCAAAGACCAGGAUGGAAAGAGUCGUGGAUUUGGAGUUGUUGAAUUUGAGCAUCCUGUUGAAGCAGUGCAGGCCAUAUCAAUGUUCCACAACCAGACUUACUAUGACCGUAAGAUGAGUGUUCGAAUGGACCGUGUGACAGAAAAACAAGAAUCAUCUUCCACAAAGUUGCCUCCUGGCUUGAAGAGUCUUGGAAUGGGAUUAGGUGUGAAUGGAUCAGCACUGACAGAUGUGGCCACUCUGCCAAAUACUGUUGCCACUGGUGUGACGGCAAUGCCAGCUGUUGGUGCUAUGGCAUCAAAUAUGGGCAACAUGGGUGGACAAGGCAUGGGCAUGAUGGGAAUGGGUGGUUCAGCUGGUAUGGGAACUGGGAUGGGAGCUGGAAUGGGAACUGGUAUGGGUAACAUGGGAGCUGGUAUGGGUAACAUGGGUGCUGGCAUGGGUAAUAUGGGUGCUGGCAUGGGUAACAUGGGUGCUGGCAUGGGUGCUGGCAUGGGCACUGGCAUGGGUAACAUGGGAACUGGUAUGAAUAACAUGGGAAAUGGUAUGGGCUCAUCAUUGAUGGGUGGAAUGGGAGGCGCUGGAAUGGGUACAUCAAGUAGCAUGGUGUCCAGCUUAGCAGGGGGAGUAGGGGCUGGUAUUGGUGGCACCAGUGGAAUUGUGAGUCCAAGCAUGAGCCGUGGCAACAUCGGUAGCAGUGGAGGAGGGUAUGGUUUGUCACGGGACUACAACCAUGGUAGUGGCGGCACCAGUGCUUCCAAUAGCAAUUACUCUGGUGGAUACAGGAACAUAAUCCAGCUGAGUAAUUUACCUAUGGACUAUACGUGGCAGUCUCUACGUGACCUGUGUCGGGAAUUUGGAGACAUCAGAUUUGCAGAGAUUCGAUCAAAAGGAACUGGAACAGUUCGAUUCCAGACUGAAGCUGAUGCUCGCAGAGCAGUUGAAAUGCUGGAUCGUCAGCGUCUGGAUGGAAGAAUUCUGGAUGUGAUUCUUCUGUAGAUUUUAUCUAUAGGAGUGACAUUUCAAGCAGGAGUUAAGAGAAUAACUGGGUCCGUGAGAUAAAACGUAUCUCACCAGACGAGAGGGGCUGUGUGACGAAUGAACAACGAAGCCAGCCGAUGACUACUAGCAAAGGUAAUGGCUGCUUACAUGGGGGCUUGUGUCAUCUCAGUGGCCCGUCAGUUUCUCGAGUUGGCAGUUCUGGAGGAUUGAAUUAUGCCUAGUUCCAAGCUGAUGGUUUUGAAGACUGACUACUUUGAUGGAGGAUUGCUGUGUUGAUGUGGAUUAUAUAUGGCAUUCUACUCUAGUGGGUGUUUGUGUACUUUACACCAAGUGGCAACAUUUAAAUCACAAUUCUUAAUUUAUGGAGUUGGUUGUGUUCGAGACUUGUUCGAUCUGGUAUUGACAAACUUGUGAUUUGGAAUUGGUAAUUUGCUCCCAAUACUGAUAGAAACAUAGAUGUACACAAACUAGAAAGAAUGUAAAGAAAAAAUCACUUGCUGUCAUUCUUCGAUGUGCAUGUAAAUGAUACUUUUUUAUUUGUAACAUUAGGUUAGAUUGUAGUUCUCAUUCUUUGGUCCUUUGAGAGGAUGCUUGUGCUCUACAUAUUAGCUGAGUUGUAUAUGUCGAAGGAUAUUGUGUUCAGUUGAUGAAGUUGGAGUAGUAUAAUUGGAUCAUUGUACCUGUUUAUAGAUAAGAUGUAAUUCGCCAAUAAAUGGGCAAUGGGCCGUCUUUGC